AUGGCCGCAGAGUCUGCUGCGAAGCGAGUAAAGAUGGAUCCCGUUCGCAUCGGAACUCACAAUGGUCACUUCCACGCCGACGAGGCCCUUGCAGUGUACAUGCUGCGAAUGCUGCCCGACUACGAAGCCUCGACUCUAGUCCGUACUCGUGACCCUGGCCUGCUGGAGACCUGUCAUACUGUCGUCGACGUUGGCGGGGAGUAUGACGAUGCUAAGAAGAGAUAUGAUCACCACCAGAGAACCUUCAAUACCACUUUCCCUGACCAUGCCACGAAACUGUCCUCCGCCGGUCUGGUCUACAUGCACUACGGCAAAGCGAUCAUUGCUCAGCACACAAAUCUACCUAUCGACCAUCCGGAUGUGGAACUCCUCUAUCAAAAGCUCUAUGACGACUUCAUUGAGGCGGUAGAUGCCAACGACAACGGCAUCAACCAGUAUGAUAACGCGAAACUAGAGCAGGCUGGCAUCGAGAAGAGGUUCAGUGCUGGCGGAAUCACGUUGUAUAGCAUGGUAGGCGAUCUCAACCACGAAGACCCUCUCAAUCCAGGCGCAAACCGCGCCACAGAGGCGGAGCCACAGGCCGAAGAGGACUACCGGUUUGGGCUCGCCUCCAAAUUGAUGGGGACGACUUUCUUGCGCAAGCUGCACGGGGCCGCCAACGCAUGGCUGCCAGCCCGCGCCAUCGUCAAGGCGGCGUUCGAGAAUCGCCUAAAUGAACAUCCUUCGGGACAACUGAUCGCGCUGCCUCGCGCUGGCAUUCCAUGGAAGGAGCAUCUCUACAACAUCGAAGCGGACGCCAAGCUUGCGGACGGAAACAAGAUCCUCUACGUCGUCUAUCCCGAGAAGGAUGAGCCAGGCUCGAAAUGGCGUAUCCAGACUGUGUCCGUAGACUUUGCUUCUUUCCAGAACCGAAAGAGCUUGCCGGAGCCAUGGCGAGGCUUAAGGGACGCUGACCUUGACAAAGUUCUUGGACAGGAUGUCGAGGACGGGGCCAUCUUCAUUCACGCUAGCGGGUUCACAGGUGGCCACAAGACUGAAUCCGGGGUCAGAGCCAUGGCGGCUCUGGCUUUGGCGGCUUGA